GAACCCAUAAAAGUCGUUUAAAAGUCAGAUUCAUUCAAAGUUAAAUUGUAGAACUUCAAAAAGGCCGGCUAUUGUAAUUGGACACUCGAAUAAAGUGGCGCGAGUAGUGCGCAUGCGCACAGGCCAAUCCUCCAGUGUGAAAGCGCUUGGCUCCUGCAUACCUAUGUACACGUCCACCCGGAGGCGAGCGCGCGCGGUCUGUCGGGGCUCAGAUGAACCGUUACAGGCAAUAGUGACUCAACAAACAGGCUGACCGUGUGUGUGUGCCGUUCACCUGUCUGUUUUUCCCGCACCUGAUUGUUGUGAGCAAGCGGACGUGUCGCAAUGCCUCCAGCGACGGGCGGGCCGGUGGGGUACACCCCUCCAGAAGGUGGUUGGGGUUGGGCCGUAGUGGUCGGAGCGUUCAUCAGCAUCGGCUUCUCCUACGCCUUCCCCAAAUCAAUCACAGUGUUUUUCAAAGAGAUCGAGGUGAUCUUCAACGCCACCAGCAGCGAGGUCUCGUUGAUCUCCUCCAUCAUGUUGGCAGUCAUGUACGCAGGAGGACCAAUCAGCAGCAUCCUGGUGAACAAGUAUGGCAGCCGACCAGUCAUCCUCGUCGGAGGCUGUCUGGCCAGCACAGGCUUGAUCGCCGCAUCCUUCUGUAGCACAGUGGUGGAACUGUACUUCUGUGUGGGAGUCAUAGGAGGUCUUGGGUUGGCAUUCAAUCUGAAUCCCGCAUUAACGAUGAUCGGGAAAUACUUCUACAAGAAGCGUCCGAUUGCUAAUGGCAUUGCUAUGGCGGGCAGUCCCGUGUUCCUUUCUACGCUGGCACCUCUGAACAGCUGGCUGUAUGAUCAGUUUGGCUGGAGGGGAAGUUUUCUGAUUCUGGGCGGUGCGCUGCUUAACUGCUGUGUGGCCGGCUCAUUGAUGCGACCCAUUGGACCAAAACCGCAGCCCAAACCUGACGUACAGGAGGGAGGGACCAAAAGGCAGGAGAGGAAAACCGUGUUGCAGACCAUCAACAGUUUCAUCGACCUGACUCUGUUUAUGCAUCGUGGUUUCCUGCUUUACCUCUUGGGCAACGUGAUUAUGUUUUUCGGUCUGUUCGCACCACUUGUCUUCCUCAGCAACUAUGCAAAGAGCAUGGACAUCUCCAAAGACAAGGCAGCCUUCCUGCUGUCCAUACUGGCCUUCACAGACAUGGUGGCACGGCCGUCUAUGGGCCUGGUGGCUAACACCCGCUGGGUUCGCCCACGCAUUCAGUAUUUCUUUGCAGCAGCGGUGCUGUAUAACGGUGUAUGUCACUUGUUGGCACCAAUGUCCGUGGACUAUGUGGGCUUCUCUAUCUAUGCAGUGUUUUUCGGCGUGGCAUUCGGCUGGCUCAGCUCUGUGCUCUUCGAAACGCUCAUGGACCUGGUGGGGGCGCAGAGGUUCUCUAGUGCCGUGGGCCUCGUCACCAUUGUGGAGUGUAUACCAGUGCUGCUUGGACCCCCUUUACUAGGAAAACUAAAAGACCGCUACAAUGACUACAAAUACACGUACAUUGGCUGUGGCAUCGUCCUAGUCGUAGCCAGCGUGUUUCUGUUCGUCGGGAUGGGCAUCAACUACCAUCUGCUGGACCGAGAGAAGAAAGAGGAGGAGAGGAAAGCAGGGCUCGAAGACAAGGAACAAGAGACUAACAUAGACAGUGCCAUGAAAGAGAGAGAGAAGGAAGCUGAGAACGAUGUAUCUAUACCGCUCACAAAAGCAGACGUGGCCAAACUGGACGAGGACACUGUGUAACAUGCACGGGUUUCAUUAGGGACCGUCCAAAUGAGCAGCAGGCUAUUUUACACUUUAGAAUUUUAAAAAGGUUUAGCUAGUCCUAUUGCGUGCACACGCACACACGCUGAUGUCUGUGUUCAUUCACACGUUAUCUAUUGUCCAGGGCCUGGUUUCAGUUCUUGUCUCUCAUGCUGGAUUACAGCUGCCAGAUCAUUUCUCCUGCUUUGUCCUGUCUGCUUUUUCCACCAAAGAAAGUUCACACAAACACUCCAGCGCAGUGUUUGUUGGUUUGUAGUUUACUGGUUUGUUUGUCUCCCUCGCCCCCUUCUACAGAUGUUUCAUGGCUCUCUCUGGAGUUCAAGUUAGCUUUCUAGUUCUUGUGAGACUGAGCACAGUAUCCAGGACACUUCUCUGUACAGUCAGCUGUAUGUGACAUUUAAUUAAAAUACUGGACCAUAUCCUAUGACUAUGACUGCAGGAACUCUGCAAAACCAGAUGCUCUCACUCAUUUGGGUUUUAAUAUUGUUAGUCUUUUCUCACUUGUGUUCCUAUUUUUACAGAUUUCCAAUGAUUACCAGAGAUCAGAUACUGCAUCAAAUAGAAGCACAACUUUAGCACACGCCUGACACACAAAUUCACCCAAAUGUAAUGUUUUUGUGGGGUUUUUCAUUUGUUUUUUUGUUUUGUUUUUUUAAUUAAGGAAUGACCUUGUCACAUUGUGCAUGACUUUAUUUCUCUGUUAUGGAUUUCUGCAUUGCAGUGUCUAGGAUCUUCAGAAAGAUGACCCAUUUAAAGUUCUUCUGUAUCUGUGUUUAAUAUACAAGUAUAAAUAACAUGAGUCUCCGGAAGGUGGUACUAUUCCACUUGUGCCUUUUGAGGUGCGUUACUAGUCAAGCCCUCUUUUAAACUGAGCCCAAUGUUUUUAUUUAAUUACUAUUUUUUUUUAGAAAUCUAAUACAACCUAUUAAAAUACUACAAUUAAAAAAAAAAAAAUCUUGGAAGUGCAGUAUAGUCUGAACGUCAGUAUACCACGUUAGGUGUUUUACUGGAUGUAAAGCUCACUAGGGGGAAAUUCAUUUCAAUUUCAGUGUACUCCCCAAUGCCAGUGUGAAUAACUUUGUGUAUACUUUAGUGUUCAGGAUACAUAGGCCAUGAGUAUGAAAGAAGCUUGUUGUGCGCCACGGUUUCUCAGCUUUGUGUAAACUUGCAGUGUAAAAAGAAAGGCUGAACAAUAUUAAACUUGAGGCACGGAUUUAUAAAUAUCAACUUUUAGCUGGCAUUUGUGUUACAAGGCCAAUAUACCGUGCUUCUAUGUAUUUCUUCAUUCCAAACCUAAAUGGAAGUAU